CCACAGGCUCUGCCAGGAGAAAGGAGCAUUCCGAGAAUAGGAGAGUCUACACACUGUGAAGCUCAAGAUGGUCCUGAGUGGGGCACUGUGCUUCCGAAUGAAGGAUGCGGCCUUGAAGGUGCUUUAUCUGCAUGAUAACCAGCUUCUAGCUGGAGGGCUGCAUGCAGGGAAGGUCAUCAAAGGCGAGGAGAUCAGUGUUGUCCCCAACCGGUCUCUGGAUGCCAAGCUGUCUCCAGUCAUCCUGGGCGUCCAGGGAGGGAGCCAGUGCCUGUCGUGUGGGACAGGGCAGGAACCGACUCUGAAACUAGAGCCAGUAAACAUCAUGGAACUCUACCUCGGUGCCAACGAAUCUAAGGGCUUCACUUUCUACCGGCGGGACACGGGGCUCACCUCCAGCUUCGAGUCAGCUGCCUACCCAGGCUGGUUCCUCUGCACCGUGCCCGAAGCAGACCAGCCUCUCAGACUUACCCAACUCUCAGAGGAUGCCAGCUGGGGCAACCCCAUCACAGACUUCUACUUCCAGCAGUGUGACUAGGGCAAUGCACCCCCCAGAACCUACUUGGGCAGAGCCGGCUCAGGCAGGGGCGGAGGUAGAGGAGGACACUGAUGGCAACCUCCCCCCAUCUGUUCUCAGGGCCCCACCUCUGGCUGGGCACUUGGCCACUCUCCCUUUUGAUUCCCAGUUUGGGUAAAUCCUUCUGAGAUUUGGGGCUUAGUCCAUAAGUUUCUUUCCCUAUUGAGUGGUGCUACUGGUGUUGAACCUUGCAAAAACCACUCAAGAUAAACUGGAAGUCACAUGAAAAGUUUCCCAGGGGUCAGGGUGGGGGGAGUGUUGGAAGCCGUUCAUGCUUCAUGGUAACUUACCCAGUACCCCUGAGCCCCACAAGCCAGCCAGUCCCAAGUUGAGCCUAUUAGGGCCACCAGCUGCCCACAUGAGGUCCUGUCAUCUAUCACUAUGCAGGAGAGGGAGGUCAUAGAGUUAGGGACCCAAAACCCAGCCCGCUCCCUCUUUCCUGUAACUCAGCUGCCAUCAUAUUCUGCAUUUCCAUCUCAACCCUCAUGCGCUAGUCAUGGCAGGAGAGGGUGGUGGUGUCCAAGGAAUUGACUCCAGCUCAGAAGGCUAAAGAAUGGCCAGGCAUGUCAUAUGUUUUGAAACCUGAGGUGCCAUUAAAAUCCAAGAUACUGGUAUCUAUUCACAUGGAAAGAUGCUUGUGACAUAUUAAGAAGAGCAAAUUACAAAUUAGCAUAUCUUGUAAUUUCAUUUUAAUUAAAAAAUACCUAUCUAUAUAUUUCUUCAUAGAAAAAAAGUCCAAAAGAGUUUACUUCAAUUUUAGCAAGUUAAUUUAGCAAUUACAGGUAAUUUUUCUUUGUAUUCUUUUAUUUAAAUAUUUUCUAAUUGUUCUACAAUGAAGAUGAACUUUUUGUGUAAUAAGUAAGUUAAUCUUGAGGAAAACAGAGCAGACAAUAUUUCUUUUUUUUUUUUUUUUUUUGUGUUUUUUUUUUUUUUUUUUUUUAU